AUGGCGACAACGGAUGGCCUGUCCGGCCCGGGCACCAGCUCCUACGACAGCAAUACCAUGGCCGUGGGCGAUGGAACGUGGGAUAGCGAUCGCAACAGCUUCCUGCUACCAAAUCUGCAAGGCCUCAACUUCGCGACGAUGCAAUACAAUGGCAUGGGGAAUCGCUUUCGAGACCUGCCUCAAUACCAUAACCUGAUCAUGGGUCAUGGUAUCAUGGCUGCAAUCACCUUCUUGGUUAUUGUGCCUGCUGCAAUCUUCAUUGCGCGCUUCUACCAUGCAUCCGGACGCACUGCAUACAAGCUGCAUGUAUACCUCCAAAUCUUGACCGUCUUUGCGGCUACAGUCGUCCUGGUAUUGGGCUGGUUUGCAGUUGGACCGGAGAGGAGCUUGUCAAAUCCCCACCACGGUAUUGGAGUCGCCAUAUACGUCGCUGUUCUUGUACAGUUCCUCUACGGCUGGUGGAUGUCGAAACGAGAACGCAAGAGGAAGACUGCACAUCCUACAAUCCCGCUCAAGGUGCACCUUCAUCGAAUCUUUGGCCGUUCUGUUGCAAUCUUGGCAUUCGUUCAGGUCGCUCUGGGAUUGACGCUAUACGGCUCGCCCAAAGCACUAUUCAUCUUGUACGCUCUGUAUGGAGCGUUGGUCAUAUUGGCUUACCUCACGCUCGAAUACCGAAACAAGCCUCGUUUUGGAGCAGGAGUUCCCCUCCCUGGACCACAUUCCGAUUACCCUUCCGAUUACUACUCCGACUACACCGGCAGCUACCUCACCGGUAGCCGGACUGACAUGACGCGUGAUCGGCGGAGAGACGAAGACAAGUCUUCCGGCUGGGGAAAGAAGCUGUUAGUCGGAGCAGGAGCUGCCGGAGCUUACAAGUGGUGGAAAGGACGACAAGAUCGUAAGGAGAUCGAUGAGAAGGAAAGCGAUUAUGACCGGAGAGACGAGCGUAGAGACGAUAGAAGCGACCGAAGAGACGACCGGAGACACGGAGGACCACCUGGUCCCUCAGCAUAUUCCGAGGCCACCUCAAUAGGGCCUCCCGUGCAGUACGGUCGACCUGGCACUCCAGGUAGAAGACCGCAGGGCGGACCACCUCCACAUGGGCAGUACAAUGACCAGCAAACCCCACACCGACCGAGACACAACGAAUCGGAGAUGUCUCCCGAGAGCUGGGACGACAAAGAUGACAGACCGCAGGAUAACACCUGGCGUAAUCGACUAGUGGGAGGUGCUGCAGGUAUUGCGGCUUUCCAGGGCGUCAAGAGCUUAUUCGGGAGCAAAAAGAAGCGCAAGGACGGGUACGUCGACUCUGAAGUCAGCUAUAGACCGCCACCGCAACAUGGACGUCAUCAAAGUAUGGUCAGUCAAACGGACGUUUCUCGCGUUGAAGCAGGCCAAGCCCCUUUCUCGCCAGAGGAUCAGAGGGGCAACCGGCGAGUUCACAUAGCAGACACGCAGCCCAUGACACCGACGCGGCCAUCAAAUAGAACGCGCCAUAGUGUCGACUCACUCUCCUACUCUGAAGCCACCAGCUUUGCGCCUCCACGAAGGCAAAUGGCGGCUGAAGGCCCAAAUCUGAGAGAAAGCAUUGCCACUAUGGGUGCAAUUGCCGGACUUCGGGAUUGGAAUCAGAGGCGGAAGAAUCGCAGAGAGGAUGACAGGCUCGAAAAGGUCAGAAAGCAAGAAUUGCAGCACGAAGCGAGCUUCAACCGCCGCAAUUCAGAUCGAUAUCCGCGAGCGCAGGAUGCGAGUGGCAGGCGGGAUAGCCUGUCAGAUACUAUCAUGACCGGGCCAACAGCACAGGACCAUACUUUGGGCAGCCCGAGCGUCAGACCUGAUACCUCCCAUCCUCCACUGCCGGCUGCAACUAGUUUGUUGCCGCAAGGUCAAUAUCAAAGCGAGCAGCCGUGGCAGCAACAACAUCCACAGCCACCACAGCCGCCCUAUCACGACCCAUACCAGCAGUCGCACCAUCAACAGCAGCAGCAGCAGCAGCAGCAGCAGGUCGUGUUCGACUUGCCUCCGCCUCCACCGGGUCCGCCACCCAAUGCAGCAAGACCGCUAGACUACCUACCGCCACCGCCAGGAUCUUUACAGAUGCCGCAAGGAGUCAUGAACCCCGAUCCUUCAAGACUCGUUGGAGAUCACCAGAACCCAAGCCAGCCGGUCAGCAACUUCCCAGCUGGUCUGGCAGAUACGGGCGGCGCAGCAGCGGGACUUGCAGCAGGCCAUCAUCAAAGAACUCAAUCUGAAUCUCCAUCUCGACGAAGUGCAAGGCCUGAUUCUCAAACUCGGUAUGGCGCGAACCAAACCCGCCGUGCGAGCGCAACCUCCGCCUCCAUCUCUCAAGUCAACACCAGCUCCGGCAUCAACCCACAAGCAAGUCCUCCCGUCAGCGUCAAAGUCAACAUGCACCCCGACGGCCGACACGUCACUCUUCGUCGCCUCAAUGAUGAGGAAGCAGCCGCAGAACGCGCCUCGCGAAAACGUGGAGGAGACAAGAAGAAGACCCGACGGAACUCGAGUCUAAGCUCCGGUGUCGACAACGACGACGGUGGGGGGAGAUAUCGUCGAAACGGGAAUCACAUUCGAAAUUCCAGCCAGCAACCCAUCAAGAACAUUCCUCCUCCACCCGCAAUGUCCAAUACCGGGGGAGCAGCCAGGAGAGAUUCGGAAUUGAACCUCCCUCCUGUUCCUCCAGGACAUUCCUCACAGGUCUUAUCGCAAGCGACUGGGCCUGCGGGGAGUGGGAUGGUGGGCAGUCCAGGGAAUGCCAACGAUGGGACGGAUAUGGGCACUGGAACGGAUCUGAGCAAUUUCGAUAAUAAUCGAAGGAGGAGGAGGGCUGAGCGUGCGAGAAGGAUGGAGGCCGCCAAUAGAGGAGGGAAAGGUGUGGAGUUCUCUUGA